GAAAGAAAUACGCCCAUCUUAUCACUACACGUGAGAAAUGUCUAAUGAAAUAACAGUUUAAAACACGUAAACAAUAAUUAUUGCCAUGUAAUUUCGGUUCUAACGACUCCAAUAAACUAUUAUGUAUACUGUAUACAUUACGUAUUUUAAUAACGGUUGGUAACAGACACGUGAAUGCUGUUUAAUUAUUCGACACUUAAUCGAUAGAUUUUUCUCUCUUACUUUUGUGUUUGUUUCCCUCAUUCGUUGUAUUUCCUCAUUUUUCUGAGCAGAAAACAAACAGUAUUGUUCAUAAAGUGUACAUGAGAGUAUAAAAUAUUUGAUUUCUAUCACUUUAACUAAUUAUGGCUCACGAAAGAAACGAGGAAAAUUUUAAUAUCACAAUGACGAGUGAUAAUGACAGUCUCGCGUCAAAAGAGAUAUUGGAGAAACGAUUGCAAAUGAAAUCGGAAGAAGUCGAGUCUUUGAACAGGGAAUUACGUGAAUGUAAAUUGCAAGGAGAUCAAUUUAAGACGAUGGCAGAACAGAUGCAAGAAAGAUUUAUACAGUUGAAAAAACAGCUAAACAGUAUACAAGAUUCAAAUGGGUGUUACAGUCCAGAAAAACACUUUAAGACUUUGGAUUUAUUGAUGGAAGCUAGAGAACAAAAUAAAUGCCUUAGACUGCAAGUAUUGACUUUAAGACAAAAAUUAGGAGAGAACGGAGCAGAUGUUAAACCGCAAGACACGCAAUGCGCAACUGCUGUUCAUCAAAGAGAAGAAAUGAUAGAACAGUUGGAGAGAUUAAAUGUUAAAUGUACUCAGUUGCAAACAGAUUUACAAAUAGUUUUAGAUGAGAAACACGAACUAGAAAUGGAAAGGGACGCGUUUAAAUGUAAAGCACAUAGGCUGAAUCACGAACUAUCGAAAGCAUUAAACGCGUCCAAGCCGGUGGACGUAGAUGCUCUCAUCAAUGAGAAUAGAUAUUUACAAGAAAGAUUACAACAGUUACUAGAGGAGAACGAACUGACGAGGCAAUCGCUUUCUAAAUACAAAAGUAUGCUGGAUAGUAAACGGAUAAAAGGAUCCGUGAAAUUGGGAGCUAAUACAACUGCCGGUACGAUUAUGACCCACAAGCAAGUGGAACAAUUGCUGCAUCACGACUCUCACGUACCAGCUCAGAAAUCUGCAGCAGCGAUGUCGGAUUUACGAUGUCUAUGUGUGGCUCUGCUCGAAGCGCUAAACGAUAAAACUUUAGCUUUGGCGCAUCAAAAGAAAGCAAACAAAAUAUUGGCCUUGAGAAUAUGCGAAUUGGAUAGUACGGUGGAAUCGCCGUCAACGAAAUUGUUAGAAGGAUAUACGGGCGCGAACGUGGACGCGAGAUGCGACAAAGACAUGGCGGAGUUUGUGGAGACGACCAGAUAUCACGUAGAAAAUGUCAAGGAGUUUUGCGAUAUCGAGCCUUCGGACAAGAGCGGUAGUGCUCAAGCCAACGUAUCAUCUUCGGAAAGUCAAAUCAUGCAUCAAUUGCAUUCCAUACAGAUGAGCCUUCCAAAAAAUUUGCGGGUUCUAAUUCAGAAGGCGAUAAACAAUUUAAAAGAGAACGAUAGGGGAAAAGUAUAGACAUACGCAUGCUGUAUAAUGUAAAGUGUAUAAUGUAAAAUGUGAAAUGUAAAAACGUUCUUCUAAAAAUCUAGUAGAAGCUAAAGAUUACAAGUGUUCAAAAUGCAGCGAGCGUAUAAGGGAUUUGCACGACAGGCAUUUGAUUGCCGGUUAAUGUAGGGAAUAGUGAACUUUUCAUUUCGAUAAUAAAGAAAAUGACAAGACGCA